AAGUAUAUUUUUUUAACCGGAAGACGAGCCAACUAUCUAGUAAACACUUCGGAGAAGAGGUCGGUGUCUCUUUUUCGAACACAAUUCAACGGAUAUAUCUUGUAAUUGAACAAAAUAAUGUGGCCAAUAACUGGGGACCGUAUGACGAUAAUACUGGACGUAUUGUUUUGCUAAACCGCUUAUCAAAAAGCUGUUAAUAGUAAUGUUUCCACUGAAACGUCAAACAUGCUAGUUGCUAAACCGUUAGCUAACAUUUUUACGCCAACAAUAAUCACAAAACCGUGAUGGCUUGAUCACAGGAUAACACUGUUGAAGGUAAUAUUUAGUAAACGCUGUUGAAUAUGCCGAUAAAACGAAGUUUCAAGCUAAUUGCGUCACGGAAGACAUGAUCAAUCUUGAUUGUGUUAUGUCUGAUUUAAUACGAAUAUGUAGCCUAAAUAUUACCCUACCAAUAAUACACUUCAAUGGAAUGCUUUUACAUGAUAGAUUUAUGAAUAAACUCAAUGACACACAGGCCUAUUGGUGAACCAAAGCUGCAAAGCUGUCAGUUUAAAUCAACGUAAAUGCAAUGACAUGGCUCAGGGUUUUUAUAAUUCCUUCAAGAUCAGGCACCAAUCCAAACUUUUGCAAGCUACAUCCAAACCAUUGCAGGUGGUGUUACUUGGUAAAACAGGAGCAGGGAAGAGUGCCACAGGAAACACCAUCCUGGGACGCAAAUAUUUUUUCUCAAAGAAGAGUUCCAAAUCAGUGACUGCUGAUAUUGAGAAACAAAAUGUCACCAUUGAAGGAAUAGAUCUUGUUGUGUAUGACACUCCAGGAUUCUGUAACUCCGAUCAAUCUGAAGAGCAAAUUCAGGAGAAAUUCCAGGAAGGCCUCAAGUUAACCUCAUCUGGUCCCCGUGUGUUUCUCCUGGUGGUGAAGAUAGACAGAUUAACAGAAGAAGAGAUGAGGGUCAUCAGUAAAGUAGAAGGUCUUCUAGGAGAGAGUCUUUUGAAGCAAACCUGGAUCCUGUUCACCAGAGGAGAUGAGUUAGAAGACCAGACUAUAGAAUAAUUAAUUGCUGACUCUGUCACAGAAGUGAUGAGAAAAUACAGUGGAAGAUACCAUGUGUUCAACAACAAGAGGGGUGAUCCUGAGCAGGUCAAAUCACUGCUGAAAAAGAUAUCCAUCUGUCUCAAUUCAACAGAUUCAAGGAGCUCCCCCACCAGGAAUCUCCCAGAAAGAAGGAUGGUUCUGCUUGGAAAAACCGGUGUUGGGAAGAGUGCAACAGGAAACACCAUCCUGGGACGAAAGGAUUUUGUCUCAAAGAAGAGUUCCAAAUCAGUGACUGUUAAUAUUGAGAAACAAAAUGUCACCAUUGAAGGAAUAGAUCUUGUUGUGUAUGACACUCCAGGAUUCUGUAACCCCGAUCAAUCUGAAGAGCAAAUUCAGGAGAAAUUCCAGGAAGUCCUCAAGUUAACCUCAUCUGGUCCCCGUGUGUUUCUCCUGGUGGUGAAGACAGACAGAUUAACAGAAGAAGAGAAGAGGGUCAUUAGUAAAGUAGAAGGUCUUCUAGGAGAGAGUCUUUUGAAGCAAACCUGGAUCCUGUUCACCAGAGGAGAUGAGUUGGAAGACCAGACUAUAGAAGAAUUCAUUGCUGACUCAGAUGACCUCACAGAAGUGAUGAGAAAAUACAGUGGAAGAUACCAUGUGUUCAACAACAAGAGGGGUGAUACUGAGCAGGUCAAAUCACUGCUGGAAAAGACAUCUAUCUGUCUCAAUUCAAGGAGCUCCCCCAUCAGGAAUCUCCCAGAGUGAAGGAUUGUUCUGCUUG